AUGCUCUGGCUCCAUCUCCUCCUCCUGCAACUGGCAACCUACACCCUCACAACCGCAAAUCGCACCACCACCACCACCAUCUCACUCACCGCCCACAUCUCCACCAGGUCUGCAGCAAACACCGACUAUGUCUGCAUGUUCGUGACCACCGAAGCAAAUUGGCAAGGCGAACAACAGAAUCUCUGCGGCAUCCCAGGUGAAUUCGCUCCCCAACUCCCCCCCGGCCUAAAUGGCAAUAUAUCCUCCGCCGGCCCGUCCGAAGGCCAAGUUUGCUUCCUGUACACCGGCUCAAACUGCACGGGCAACGCAUCGGCGCCAAUCGUGUAUCCUGGGUAUGCGGACUUGGGGCAGAUUGGGUUUGAUAAGAUGGCGGGUAGUUGGCGGUGUUGGAAAAUGUGUGGAUCUGGAGCUGGAUCGACGAGUACUGCGGCUACACCUACUACGACUACGAUUACUCCUCUGCCGACCAGCACCGUCACUUCGGUGGUGAGCGUGACUAUUACGUUCACGGCCUCCGCAUCGAGCUCUUCUCUGUCGAGCGGGAAUAUGGGGGACGUGGGGGGCACAAGUUCGGGGUUGAUUUCGAUUACGAAGACGCUUAGCGGUGCGCAGCCGAUGGCGACGGGGUUCAUUUCGAUCACCACUACGGAAUAUAAAGAGUCGCCACCUUCAUCCUCGACAACCUCCAGUGCUUCUUCUUCGACGAGCUCCAGUGGCUCUUCUUCGACAAGCUCUGGUGUUUCUAUCACGACGACGCACACGGCUGUGGAGCAGAUCGAUACAAGUGCGGCGUCGACCACGACAACGAAUCCUCUGACUCCCGCGGGAAGCUCGAUUGGAAUCACCACCACACUGAGCGCCCAACCCACCACUGAAACCUCCACUGCAGUCACCACGACGCUGAGUGGCACGAGCCCGUCUUCCGCGUCCUCCUUGCAUUCCAUCACCACCACACUGAGUGCCCCGAAUCAGUCUUCUGUCUCCAGCUUGCGUUCCAUUACCACGACGCUCAGUGCCUCGAACCAAAUCACCGUUGCAACAUCGAACUCCGUAGUGACCAUCCUCAACACCCAGACGCAGACCCCGACAUCCGCCGGACUUGCGCCGACGCCUACUCCGAGCACCACCGCGACAGCAUCGCCACGUUCACCUCCCAGCAGCUUGACGUCCGCCACGCAGAUCAGCGCUCCGGGCUUCAGCAUGUCCUCUUCAUUGGUGACUUUGACGCAUACGUUUGCUGAUGGAAGCAAAACGCUGGUCACCACGUUCGUCAUCCUGCCUGUUCCGACUGUACCGCCGACGAAGAGGGGAUAA